GGAAGUGAUGUGAAAACUGUUAUUAUUUUGCUUGCACGCUGCUGUGUUCACGCAAAGCUGAAGCAAAGCAAUAGUAUGAGAACACCACAGUAAGGAAAAGAGAAGUGUUACAUGGUAUAGCAGACCACAGCACACAAUGAGGAGUGCAGCCAUCGUAUGGACUGGUGUAGUUGCACUGAUUGUUCUACAGCAUGUUUCCACCUUUAAGUUGGUUUGUUAUUUCACCGAUUGGUCUCAGUAUCAUGAUGGACCGGGGCGUUUUACUCCUGAUGACAUCGAUCCAGAUCUCUGCACCCACAUCAUUUAUGCUUUUGCCAACAUAAGAGAUAAUCAGAUAGCCUCCAAGAAGAAUGACAUGAGAACAUAUGUCAGUAACAGACGCCUUAAAGCCAAAAAUCCCAUGCUGAAGACUCUUCUUUCUGUUGGUGGAUAUUCAACAGGAUCUAAACCCUUUAGAGAUGUAACAAGAUCUCCUACCACACGCUCAGACUUUGUGCUGUCAGUGGUGCAGUUUCUUCGGAAUAACGGUUUUGAUGGCUUGGAUCUUAAUUGGCAAUACCCAGAAAAAAAGGAUAAAAAACGUUUUGCUAACCUGAUUCAGGAAUUCUUUCAUGCAUUUAUGUUAGAUGCCAGGGACAAUAAACGCAAGGAAAAACUCAUACUGAGUGUUGCAGUAUCAGCUAUAAGAGAAACCAUUGAUGAAGGCUAUGAUAUCGAGAAAAUCAAAAGGUUUGCAGAUUUCAUAAAUUUCAUGACCUAUGAGUUCCAUGGUUACUGGGAAGAUGGCAGUCACAAUUACACAGGGCAUACAAGUCCCCUUCACAAGGGCAGAACUGACAAUCAAUAUGAGUUGUUACAUAAUGUGGAUUCUGCAGUACAGUACUUAAAAAGUUUGGGUGUUCAAGAUGAGAAGAUCAUCAUGGGAAUCCCCACUGAGGGGCAGAGUUUCACUCUAUCUUCCAGAAAUACUAUGGUGGGGGCCGGAGCUUCUGGUCCAGGAACACCCGGUGCUUUCACAAAUAUUUCAGGAACCCUGGCCUAUUAUGAGAUCUGCAGUUUUAAUCAGGAUGCCAAUAUAGAAUGGAUUACUGAGCAAGAAGUUCCUUACUCUUACAAAGGAAACCAGUGGGUAGGGUAUGAAGAUAUGAGAAGUGUUAAGGCGAAGGUUCAGUAUAUGAAAAAUAACACUUUAGGAGGCAUCAUGAUUUGGGCACUUGACCUAGAUGAUUUCUCAGGUUCUUUCUGCAAUGAAGGAAAAUAUCCACUGGUUGGAGCUGUUAAAAAAGAACUGAAUGGAGGUGUAGAUGAUAUAGAUACACUGCUGGAUACAAUGUAUGAUGAAUCUCUAGAACCAAGGCCGCCAAUACCAAAUUAUGGCGACAAAUUUACCAAAAGAAAAACUGGAAUAUCAGGAUAAUCCUUAAUGGUUAAAGUAAGCUUUAUGCUCUUAUUCUAAAGAUGGAUACAAAUGACCAAAUUUCUGUAUGAGAAACAUGAUGAACUUUACAUGUUUCUUAAAUGCUAUAGUAUAAACAGCCAUGAUUAGUUUUAUGUGAUUUUAUGAUUAAUGUGGUUCUGUUCUCACUCAUUUGCUUCAAUGGACGUCAUUUAUACAACCUAGUCCUUCCUAUGCGGCUUCAUUCUUUUGUCUGUGUUUGGGAGGGGUUAUUAUAGAACAAGAUGUUUAAUUCUGAUUUCACUGUUUGAAAAAAAAGUAACUUGCAUUAGAAAUUGGGCUGAAUGCAUUAUAAUUUUUAAAAAUAUAUUGCCUAGUGGUUUCAAUAAAAUAUUUUCCUGCCUUUUUGA